UGUCACGUGGUGUAGAAGCCAUCCCUGCCCUGUUACCACGUGACUUUCCGCUCUGACUAAACAUGGCGGCGCCCAUGGAGCUAGUGCUUAGCGCUGACGCUACAGGACAAGUUGCAAACUGCACGGUUUGGGAGCCGGUAACGGGCUCUGUGCUUCUGACUUAUAGAGGGGGAAAUACAUCGAACCGGGGAUUGGCGGUACUCGGUGGUCAGUACUUGCUGGGCGCACAGCUCGGCAAAAACUAUAUCAAUGUGUGGGAGCUGCAGAGACGGGACCAGUUGCAGCAGAAGAUUGUAUGUCCAGGGCCUGUGAACUGCUUGGCUACCUCUCCGAAUGGACUUUACCUAGUGUCUGGCAUUGCUGAAAGUAUUUACCUUUGGGAGGUUUGCACUGGACGCCUCCUUGCUAUACUAAACAAUCACUACCAAGAUGUCACCUGCUUGACUUUCACAGAUGACAGCAGUCAUAUCAUAUCUGGAGCCAAGGACAGCUUGGUUCUGGUGUGGAGUCUUUACAGUGUUUUGCAGGUGGAAACUUCCCGAGGGCCUGAACCUCGUUAUGUAUGGUCCCGUCACAGCUUACCAAUCACAGAUGUACAGUGUGGUAUUGGGGGUCCACAGGCCCGAGUAGUCACAUCUUCUCUAGAUCAGACAGUAAAGCUAUGGGAGAUUUGUUCAGGUGACCUCCUUCUCUCUGUCCUUUUUGAUGUUCGGAUCAUGUCGGUGGCAUUUGAUCCUGCUGAAUAUCAUUUGUUCUGUGGGGGUAGUGAUGGAGUUAUAUACCAAGUUGACCUCUACGCUACGCCAGAGCAGAGAGAAAGGCCAUUCCAUCCUGAACAGGAGAUGGUGUUUAAAGGACACAGGAACCAGGUUACGUGCUUGUCAGUGUCUCUGGAUGGAAGCAUGCUGAUCUCUGGCUCUCAUGAUGAAACUGUCUGUGUCUGGGACAUUCACAGCAAGCAGUGUUUACGAACUGUUGCCCAUAGAGGACCUGUGACAAAUGUAUUUAUAAUACCUGCUCCAGGUAACAUAUUGCGAGCAGAGAGUAAGCCAAGCUUCCCUCUACCACACUUCAGCAAACAUCUGCAGGGAGCUGAGGGCUGUGAGGGUCCAGAGAGCGGAGGAGUAAUCCUGCGGCUUGGGAAGCAGCAGGGAUCUAGGGAGAAUACAUACCUGCAGAGAGCAGAGCAGUUGCAGUCCCUCCUUGGUGAAAGUGAGGGCAAGAACCUGUCAGGACUAGUGGAACAGCUUCGGUCUAGAACGUCCGAGCUAGAAGAAGAACUUAAUGUGGUACGGAAAAUCAACAAGGAUCUCUUUGACUUUUCAGCCAGGAUUAUCACUAAGCAAUAAAAUGUUUGCUUACACAUAUAUUUACAUUUUAUAUAGUUAGCAAUUGCAACAUAUAAAAUGGCAGAAUGAAAUGCAUGCACAAGAAUAUUCUGUGCCUUGCGGUUUCAAAGUUUUGCUUUAUACUUUCUGUGCUGUGUACCUGUGAUGACAAUAAAUGAAUGACUAUUUAUUAUUCUUCCCCACACAUGUAUCAUACAUAAACGAAGUUUAUCUUCUUAAUAAUCAACCUUAGGCAUUACAUGGUAUUUACAGGUGAUACUGAUUUUCCUAGUCAUAUCUUAUUUUUUCCAUUGCCAUUUCUGUUAUUUAGGGUAAUGGCACACAGCAUGUUUUGGUAUGAUAAUUAUCCUGACCAUGCCAGUGUGAUUGCAGGUUGGGGUAUUAUAUCUUAUUUAUGUCUUAUUAAGCCACAGAACCUCUGUAAUAUCAUUUACAAUAGGUCAUAACUAAGCUAUGUAUAUGCACAGGAGAACUGUUCUGGCACAGGGGCAUAUAGUACCACAUGUUUUGUAUUUAGUACUUUUUUUAUUGGUUAAUAAAAUAAUCGCUUUGUACAUUUUUA